AUGGCAAGCCGCAGGCCCCAUCAGAGCCAGCAGAUAUCGUCUUCAUCAUCAUCCACUGAGAAAGAAACGUCGUUGGCCGCUGGCGCUGCAAAGACUGCUACCAAGGACUCUGAUGUGACUCCUGCCGUGUCCACGGGAGUCAUCCUCAAACUUCUCGGCUUUACGGUGGCGAUGAUCGUGGCCCCGAUCGGGAUGUAUUUCCUGACGAUUGAUACUGUCUUUAAGGGAAACUCCACCUUCGCUGGCGCUGGGGCCGCCCUCACGGCCAACGUCGUUCUGAUCGCGUACAUCGUCGUGGCAUGGCGAGAAGACCAAGAAGAGGAGCAGAGGCGGAAGGAGAAAAAGACUCAGUGA